AUGCUCUGUAAGAAUCCUGAGGACCCAAAGGAUCCAGACACGAUCGACCCGAUUUGGGCAGACUUGCUUGGGGGACUAUCUACUCUGGAAAUUGUCAUACAACACCCUAUGUCCUUCUACUGCACAAACGGCUAUCUGCCAGGGGCAGGACUCAUAAACGAUGCCGAAUGGAACAUCCUGUUAAAACGGAGGCUAGAGGUUAUCAAACGCCUUGUGCCUGAAGGAACUGAAAUCAUGGUAGAUGUGGACGAGGAUCCCGACCUCACCAAAUUGGUAGAGGAAGCUAUCCCAAACCGUUGUACUUUUGGAGACACUGAGGCUGGGUAUCUUACCUUUAUGCGAUUCAAGUCCACUGACGCUUUGGAUAUGUUCAGUGGAGAUGACUACAGUGACGAUGGUGGGGAGUAUCUUGACUUUCGCGAUCCUGAUCUUGAUGAUCCUGUCUUGCAAGAGUUGACUCGUUUAACUCUGGCCACAGUCCCGAACAUCGAUCCCAAUGAUCCCGCCUUACUCGAUAUGCUCAAAUUGCCUGUGCUACCAGCAAAGAAACCCGCCCACUUGACAGUUUCAUACUCGACAACGAUGGCGUUCCAAAAACAUCCCAAUUUUGACGAACUUCCCCUGGACAAAAAUGGUCCUCGAGGUAACGCAUGGGGUCUUUGGGGUCCCGAUGACCAGCUUGGUACUUUGAAUCAUUUGAACGAUGAUGUAAUUAGUCAAGCGGCCAGAGAAAACAUCAAGACGGGAUCAAGGUUGUCUUUGAAUUGGUCGAUGACGGGGGCCUCAAAUCCGAAAUUCGCACGGAAGAACCUUGAGCUGAAGCUGAUUAAUAAGGCGCCAUUGAAGCAUGCGCACGACGAUGAGUGGAGCUUCAAUUCGCAAUGCAGUUCUCAAUGGGAUGGCUUUCGACAUUAUGCUUAUCAAGAAGAGGCAUUAUACUACAUGGGCCGAAAAGCAGAAGAGUUCGCUGCUUCAGACCAUCCCAACAGUAUUCACCAUGUCUCGGAGAAGGGAAUUGCCGGGCGCGCCGUCUUCAUCGACUGGUACUCCUGGGCAUUAAACGAAGGCAUCCAAAUCGACGGCAUGACAUCCUAUGAAAUCCCCUUCGACCAAAUCAUCAAAACUCUGGAGUACCAAAACAUGAGUCUCGACUCGUUCCGAGCUGGCGACAUCAUCGUCAUUCGCUUCGGCUACCUAGCCCAGUACGAGAACAUGGACGCCACCAAGCGCGAGCAUCUCAACGAGUUAUACAAGACUCAAAAGCCGGAUAACAUCGGUUUAAAGCCCUCCAAGGAGCUGCUCAAGUUUCUCUGGAAUACUAAGAUCGCUGCUAUUUGUGGUGAUGCGCGAUCGUUGGAGGUUUGGCCAUGUAAGGAUCUUGAAUGGCAUUUGCAUGAGUGGCUUUUGGCUGGUUGGGGUAUGCCAAUUGGUGAGUUGUUCUACCUCGAAGAGCUUUCGAAGAAAUGUAAAGAACUGGGACGGUAUACCUUCUUUAUGUCGAGUUCCCCUAUGAAUGUGCCGGGAGCUGUUGCAAGUCCACCAAACGCUCUGGCAUUUUUCUAA